AUGGCGUCCAAUCCUGCUGAGACGCCUGACCAUCGUCGAACGAACCACAGCGCCGACGAGUCCGACAGAACAGAGGCUUUGAAUGAGAACAUCAUCACUAUCCCGGAGUCGCCCACGAGCGGGCGCGAGGUGAAUCGAGUCGCAUUCAAAGAGCCUUCGGACCACGAGGCGACGUACUAUUACGCCGCGUUCCCAAGCCAGCCCCGUCUAUUGGGCCGCACGUCAAGUGCCACUACGCCUUGGUUUUAUAACGAGGACUGGCCUCCCAAAUAUCGCUACUACCACAGUGGUCCGGAGGACGCUCUCAAUUCCGCGACGGCGGCAGGGCCUGUUGGACCCCAUCCGAUUCACGCCUCGUGGGAGACAGGCACACGGGGCAAGGUCAUCAAUGCGCUCUCACCCAUUCCGUGGACAUCGAUUGACGUCUUGCGAAUUGGCCGCACGACCAUCGAGGAAAACAAACGGCCUGUCAUUGUCUGGGUGGGUGUUGCAUCCCAGGCAGCAGAGGCCGGACAUGUUCCCUGGUCUCUUGUCAGCAUAGUCCUAAAACGCGUUCGCCACGUCCUUGACAGCGACGGGCUGCAGGAUGUUGAAUGCGAGUUGCGCGUCUCGGACGUGUCACAUGCCUCAGGCACUCGACUUCGUCAGCGUCAACAUGACAUCGAUAGGAGAAGUCACUCGGCAUGGGAACUUACAGCGACCCAUGCGGUGUCGACGAGCCUUGGCCAGGCCGUUUCGCCAGCGAAUAACCCUAAUUUCGAUGGAACGUUGGGUCUAUAUCUGGCCCCUGACGCCUCUAUGAAUGACGACGCUAUAUGGGCACUGACGUGUUACCACGUCGUGUUGCCUGAUCUUUCGGAAUCCCCCGCAAAUCGCCCUAAUCGAGAGGCAGAGGCUGGCGGGUCACAACUGGGCAAGCAGACAUCGGCAAACACCUGCAGGGUGAAUGUUCUCCUCCCUGUGCCCAGUGUGAUCGAGAGUUGUUUGAAGCCGAUGAGAGACGUCGUUGCAUCCACCGAAAACGAAUUCAAGAACGCGACUGCUCAGCAAGGUCUCCAGGCUGCGUUGCAAAUGCCAACACACAAAACAUUGCUUAGACAAAGAGAGUUGGUGGAACUUCUCGAAGCAUUUGCACAGUCUAAUGAAAACUGCGUCAUUGGCUUUGUUGAGCAUGCUCCACCGAUUCGUAUCACAACGGACCCAAGAUAUACUCGUGAUUGGGCACUGAUUGCCCUGGACCGCAACAGGUUCCCGACACAGUUCACGUUUCCUAACGUGGUUGAUUUGGAGACAGAUCUUCCCGGGCCCCCAGUCAAAACGGCAGUCGAAAAGGUCCUGGGCUGUGCUCCUGAUGCCCUCCCUGCCGAUGGCAUGAUGCGGCUCAGAGGUAUCAUACCGCUUCGAGAACAACGCGGCGCCCACAUCCUGCACCCGUGGACAACUAUGUGCCAAGAUGACAGUCGCCCAAUUGUCUUCAAAAGAGGCCGCAGCACUGGCAUCACCGUUGGCCUCGCGCUCGAUAUACAGUCCACCACGCGGGCCUACUUGCGGGAGGGCAUUAUGGAACAGGAGAGCUACGAGUGGGCGAUAAUCCACGCGAGCGGCAUCGAUAAAAAUCGGGAGCCUGCCAAGAAGAUACAAUCAUUCACGGAAGCAGGCGAUUCUGGUUCGGUGGUGUUCGACAUCACCGGUCGCAUUGGCGGUCUCGUGGUUAGGGGCACGAACCACGCUAUGCGGCAUUUGCAAGGCUAUGAUAUCACAUACGCCACGCCGAUGGAGCAUCUACUGAAGGACAUCGAGACGGAGCUAGGAACGAAAGUACGCAUCCUCUAA